AGUCAAGAGGAAGACGAAGACUUUACACUUUUACCUUUGGAUGAAUGAAAGGAUUUCAAAGCAUCUGGACGUGGAUCAUAAGCGCACAGCCUCAAGAUGCCCACUAGACCCAGUUCUGCAAUAAUCCUGCCAGAGACCAACAAACCAGGGAAGAAAAUUAAAUCCAUCAAGAAGGAGAAGACAAAUACAGAAAAAGUGUCCAUCUAUGUGCCGAACAUCCCAGAGCCAACAAGCAGAGCUGAGCUCAUGAAGUACUGGAUCCAUUUGACUUUGGAUGACAAGACUGCCAACAAGAUGUUGUGGAUUUCUGACAACGGGUCGAAGGUGUGUCGUAGAACUCAGGAGGUUUGUCCUGUCCUGGAUAGACCAGAGAGAUAUGAGUACUCCCCACAGGUGGUGUGCAAAGAGGGUAUUUGGAACACGAGGGCUUACUGGGAGGUCGAGUACUCGGGGUGGGUGGUAAUUGGAGCCACCUAUGAAGGAGCAGGAAGGAGGGCAAACUGUGGGCCGAGUGGCCUUGGAGAAAACGAGGAGUCCUGGGGUCUGUGCUGGUCAGGAACGUGUUACCAGAUCUGGUUCAACUGCGUAAACAAAGACAUAAACGAUGUCCCGUACUGCUCCACAAUUGGAGUUUACAUCGACCAGCCUGCAGGGAUUAUGAGCUUUUAUGCUGUGAGCGGUGAGGGGGCAGAGAGGGAGGUUAAGCUGUUGCAAAAAGUUAAGACCACUAUUGAGAAAAAGAUUCUCGCAGGUUUCUGGAUGGGAAUUGAAUCCUCAUGCACAAUACUGAAGAGACCAGAAUGAAUCACUGAAGCUUGAUCAAAUGAUGCUUUAGUCAGGUUUUGACACUUGAGUGUUUGCUGGGGCACAAAUUCCUGUAAUUCUUAUACAAUACCUUAAAUAGAAUUUUAUCACGGGUAAUCUAACUUUAAGAAUAUUUUUAUUUUUGUGUACUUCUUUGUCUGAUUCUUGUGUACAUUUUUUUGUCUGAUGCUCCUUUCUUGUAUCUUGUAUGUGUGGCUCUACUGUAUAGCAUCAGAUUGCAUAUUUAUUGACUGAUUAUGAUAUUCAUGAAUGUUGAGUGUCUUGUGACAUUAAAAAAUCUGAAAUAAAGAAUAUACUUUUUAAUCAAAA